UGCAAACCAGUGAUAAAUGUGCAAAUUUCAGACUAAAAUGGCGGAGGAGGGUAAUCUUGACCAACUCUGUCUUAUCACAGGAUGUGAAAGGGAAUUGGGGAAGAAUCUUCUGGAAGCUUGUGGAAACAAUCUUGAAAUGGCGGUCAAUAUGCAUAUGGAGAAUGGGGAAGGUGAACCUGCUCCUGUAGGUCCAGGAGUAGCACCAGGUUUAGCUCCAGGAGUAGACCAGGAGGAGGAUCCGAUUAGAGCUCCUAUACCACAACGUCAGGAAACCCUUGUACAACCUGGGUUUGAAGGAUUUGAGAUGGCCGGUAGAUCAAACAUGAACAACAGAAACAGAGUUAGAAGUGUAUUCGACGGAUUCAGGAAUUUCGAGGCUGAAACCCUGCAUCGUGAGCAGGAUGCAACCGCUGAACCUCUUCCCAGAGGAUAUAAUCCAAACAAAAAGAAAACCCUGGAAGACUUGUUCAAACCUCCUUUAGAUAUCAUGUUCCAGGGGGACUGGCAGAGUGCUCGAGAUAAAGCAUCAAAUUCUGGUCGUUGGCUUCUUGUAAAUAUUCAGGAACCAAAAGAAUUCCAAUGUCAGGUUAGAAUUUUGAGAGAUUUGAUUUACAACGCUACCUUCAAUCAAAUGCGCGAGCCAUAA